AUGGCAUCCGUGAGGGAGGUGGCCAGCUUCACCGAGGACCUGCUGUGUCCCAUCUGCCUCUCCAUCUUUCGAGACCCUCACAUGCUGGAGUGCGGUCACAGCUUCUGCGCGCCCUGCCUGGAGCCCUGCAUCCCCAAGGGCCAGAGGCGUGGGCUCUGCCCGGAGUGCCGGCGGCCCUUUGCCUUGCGCCGCAUGGCUGUCAACCGAGCCCUCUGCAGCCUGGCCGAGAAGGCCCGGCUUCUCAAGCUGGACGAAGGAUCCCAGCUGGGUGGCACGGGAGGCUGGUACUUCUGCGAGGAACACGAAGAGCCGCUCAAGCUUUUCUGCAGCCAGGACGAGGGCCCUGUUUGUGUCAUCUGCCGCGACUUGCCCCAGCACCGUGGACACGAUUUCCUGCCCAUCAAGAAUGCUGUUCAAGCCUAUCAGGACCAGUUGAAGGCAUCUCUAGAACCACUGGAAGAGGGACUCAGGCGGCUGAAACUGAGCCAAUGCCGCCAGCAGGAAAACAUUAUAGAAUUAAAGACGUGCUCCGAGUCCCUGUCUGACCACGUCACUGGGGAGUUUGUGAAGAUGCACCAGCUGCUGAGUGACAGAGAGCUCAGCUUGAAGGAGGCUCUGGAGAAUCAGCGAGAGAAGAACUUGGCCCAGAUGGAAACCAGGCUGAAGGAACUGAACUGGAAGGUGGCCUCUUGGUCAGAGACCCUCUGCCGGGUGCGGGCAGGACUGGAGUGCAAAGACCAAAUCAACUUCCUCAAGGAGGCCAAGGAGUUACUGGAGAGGGUCCGAAAAGAGCAAGGAGCUCAGGUUGAAGAGGAAGAGGAUGCCGAAGCUGAGGCGGGAGAAGAAGGAUUGGGGGCCAGUAGUGAAGACACAGAUGAAUGCGAAAAUGAAGCUGAAGAGGAGUUGAUGAGAGAUGCUGAAGGAGUUGUUGAAGAAGAGGAGGAGGAGGAGGAAGAGGAGGAGGAGGAAGAGGAGGAGGAAGAAGAGGAGGAGGAGGAAGAGCAAGAGGCGGUAGCAGGAGCAGCAGCACGGGAUGAGGAGGAUGGCAUUGAAGAUGGAGUGGUGCACGUAGACUUGAACCUGGGCGAGUUCAAGGGUCCUCUGCAGUUCUAUGCCUGGAAGGAGCUCUUGGGUGCGGUGCAUCCAGUCCCUGCCUGCAUCACCUUGGACUGCAACUCUGCUCAUCCCAGCCUGGUCCUUGUGGAGGAAGCCACCGGGGUCAAGUUCAGCCCAGGCCGACCUUUCUGGCGACGGAAGCCCGAGCGCUUCACCUGCAGCCCGUGUGUGGUGGGCAGGAAGAGCUUCUCUACUGGACGGUUCUACUGGGAGAUACGAGUUGGGGAGAGCACCGGUUGGGUGGUCGGGGCAGCUAAAAAAUCUGUGAAACGCAAGAAGCGCCUGAACUUUCGACCCAAGGAAGGCGUGUGGGCGAUUGAGUUGAGGGCUGGGCAGUACCAAGCCCUGAGCGAGCCCCGUACCCCACUCUCUGUCUGCGGGAGGAUGGAUAAGGUCGGUGUCUACUUAGACUUCGAGGGGGGACAGCUGUCAUUUUACAACAGCUGCAGCAUGAGCCACCUCUACACCUUCCAAGUCUCCUUCCAUGAGGAGUUGCUUCCCUUCCUGAGCACCCAAGCGAGCCAACCUCUCUCUGUGUGGGACCUGGAGCUCUGAGUGCCUGAGGCUUUCCAGGCAAGGCUGUCAAUCCACGAUAAAUAUUUUCAUAAGA